AUGGAGCGACGCGGAGGGCGCGGACCGCGCGAUCGUGACUACGACAGAAGACGAGACUAUGAUAGACGCAGCGACCGCAGAGACGACCGAAGAGAUGAUAGAAGAAGAGACGACAGAAGCCACAGGCACAGGUCAAGAUCAGGAUCACCAGGAAGAAGCGACAGACGCGACCGUGAUCGUGGAGGCGCACGCGACCGUGGAGAUGCGCCCUCCGACAGGUAUCGCGACAGAGACAGAGAGCGAGGCCACGGCCGAGACCGAGACCGCGACCGCGAGCAUGGUGACAGGGAUCGGGACCGAGACAGAGACUCAGACAGGCGACGCCGCGAUGACCGCGAGCAGGAGUCGCGGCACGACAGCAGAGAUGCUGAAGACCUGCGGUUUGGCAAAGAAACAGCGAGAGAUGCCACCUCGAGAAAAGAUCUGCGUUCGGAACACGAGUCUCCUCUCCCGUCACGUCCCAAGAAUGAUCGGAACACCCCACUAUCAUUCCGCGUCGGUAAGAACGACGAGGAUGUACCGCGUCCUAGCAGAGAGGAUGAGAGCCGUGGGAGGGCAACCAGUGAAGACAGGGGUGAUGCCAUGGAUGAAGACGGUGAAGUGGACGAAGAAGAAGAGGAAGUCGAGGUUGACGAUGGCUUGGCUGCCAUGCAGGCAAUGAUGGGAUUCGGAGGAUUCGGCACAACCAAGAACACCAAAGUUGUGGGCAACAACGUUGGAGGCGUCAGGAAGGAGAAGAAAACCGAAUAUCGCCAGUACAUGAAUCGCGUGGGAGGUUUCAAUCGGCCUCUCAGUCCUGGCCGAUAG